AUGGCACCUGCAGUGCCGUCUGAGUGGGACAUGCCGCGGCUGCGGUAUUCGCUCAAUUUCGAGUCAGCCAAGCUGGCCGUUGGCUUACACGAUGUUAUCACGCUGCAGGAUACCAAGAGCAAUGCCGAAGAUGCCAACUCGGACACAGAGUUCUUUGAUGUCAAGUUUUAUCCUUACAACCCGCCAGGCAGCAAUCCGGUAUUUGCUGCCGUGAGCAAACGACAUAUAUUCGUCUGCCGACUCAUACAGACCAAGGACACAAAUCCCUGUGAGAUCAUCCGCGUGAUCCGCGAUGAAGAUGUAUGUUGCCCACCGGGAACUAGGACGAGCUUCUGGUGUUCCCCCCAGUCCACUGCUAAUGACAACCAGGAGGGUGCUUUGAACUGCUCAUGUACAUGGGCACUAGAUCCGGAGACCGAGCGGGCAUUGCUCUGUGUCGCCGGCCGCGAUGCCAAAGUCAAGGUCUACAAUAUACACGACGGCGAGGCAGUGACCUCUUUUGUUGGCCAUGGAGGAGAAAUCAACGAUCUUGCUACGUCGCCAACCAACCCCCAUCUCAUCGUAUCAGCCUCGGAUGACACGACUGUCCGGUUAUGGAGCCUUGAUCCUGUCCACAAGAAGCAGCCCUGUGUGUGUCUGCUCGGCGGCGAAGGCCAUUCGUGGAAUCUGCUGAGCGUGGCGUUCCACGACACCGGUCGCUAUGUCAUAUCGGCAGGGCAUGAUCAAGUCAUCAAUCUUUGGACACUGCCUGAUAUCCCAAACGAGCAUGUCGAGGUCCCCAUCAUUGUCCACUUCCCGCACUUUUCAACCUCCGAGAUCCACACCGGGCUUAUCGACUGCGUCGCCUUUUACGGCGACCUCAUCCUCUCUCGCGCCUGCUUGGAGGACGUCAUUGUCCUUUGGCGCAUCGAGGGUUUUGAUUCCACGGCCGAGCCACCCUCACCUGAGCAAGCCCCUUCCAACCAGGACACCACCAAGCUCACGCGCUCCGCCUUCCACGUGCCACUUAUCACGUCACCGUCGGCCGUUGCGUCCGCCAAUGCCAACGCGGUGGCCAGCACCACGCCUCAGUACACCCGGCUCCUGCAGCUGCACACGCCCGGGUGCGGGCCCCAGUUCUUUAUGCGGUUUGGUCUCUUCAACGUCGCGGGACACCACCCAAUGCUGGCCUUUUGCAAUGCCUCCGCCAAGAUUUUUUUUUGGGACUUUACGUGUUUCAGCGCCUACCGGCAGUUUAUGACGGCCAACUAUCGGCGCGAGCGCCUGGGGGCACGGCCAGGCGGGGCCGAGCUGGAUGAGGGGCCGGUACCACGCCCGCCGUGGAUGCGGAUUGUCGUGCCUAGGAAGCGACCUAUAGGAAACGGCGGGAACACCAACAGCAGCGGUACGAUCGGCACCAACAACCCAGGAGGACGUCGGCUUAGAGACGCCGCCAACGGUCCGGGACUGCUGGGUGCCGUGGCUCGGGACGGCGACGGCAGCGACCGCGAGUCGUCUGUCGUGUCUGGUGCGCAGGGUGUCCCAGGCGCAGCGUCUGCUGCCACACCAACGGCGACCAGCAGCACCAGUGCCGGUGCCACGCCAAAAGGCAGAAGUGCCGUCGGCUACCGCCUGAGCGACCUCUACAACCAGGAGACGUUGGACGACUGGAACAGCAAGUACAACGCCAACGACCCACACGUGCUCGUCAAAGCCCACAAGGCAGAGACCACCAAGGGCUUGUCAGCCGUCGGACGACAGGCGGCCUGGAGUCCUGAGGGCGAGUGGUGUGUGGUUGUGGGCAGCAACAGCCGCGUGAUGAUCCUGCAGCGGUGGGCGAACAGCGACCCCAGCCACCCUGUCGAUGAGGCCGAGUAG